AUGGUAUUACUUGAUAAGCUAAAUUAUAAUUGUGAAAGACCAUCUACCGAUAAUGCAUUGGAUUCAGUCACAACUCCUGAAGACCAGAUAUCAAAACCACAAAUAGAUUUUAAUCUAACUUUAUCUACACCAUAUAAAUGA